ACCAACUGGCAUAAGCAGAAGAAGAAGAAGAAGACAACGACGACGACUUUGAAGAAGAACAAACUCUUCCUUCAAUCUCAAUCUCUCUCUCAGAUGGGUUGUGGUGGAACUUUGUUCUACCCACUUCUCAUAACUCUCUCCGUUGCUCUAAUCACUUACAACAUCAUCAUCUCCGCUAAUGCUCCUCUCAAACAAGGCUUCCCAGGCCGAUCUUCUUCCUCCGAUAUCUCCAUUGACCCAGUCAUCGAAUUACCACGUGGCGGCGGAUCCAGAAACAACGAUGGUAAAAGGAUAAGACUUUUCCACACGGCGGUGACGGCGUCUGAUUCCGUCUAUAACACUUGGCAAUGUAGAGUUAUGUACUAUUGGUUCAAAAAGAUUCAAGCUUCUGCUGGACCCGGUUCUGAAAUGGGUGGGUUUACUCGGAUCUUGCAUUCCGGUAAACCGGAUCAGUAUAUGGAUGAGAUUCCUACUUUUGUUGCUCAGCCUUUACCUUCUGGGAUGGAUCAGGGUUAUGUUGUGUUGAAUAGGCCAUGGGCAUUUGUACAAUGGCUUCAACAAACAGAUAUAAAAGAAGAUUAUAUUUUGAUGUCUGAGCCUGAUCAUAUCAUUGUUAAACCUAUACCAAAUUUGGCUAAAGAUGGGCUUGGAGCUGCGUUUCCUUUCUUUUACAUUGAACCGAAAAAGUAUGAGAAGGUGUUGAGGAAGUAUUAUCCUGAAGUGAGAGGACCGGUUACUAAUAUCGAUCCGAUAGGAAACUCUCCUGUCAUUGUUGGAAAGGAUGCUUUGAAGAAGAUUGCUCCAACUUGGAUGAAUGUUUCUUUGGCUAUGAAGAAGGAUCCUGAAGCAGACAAGGCUUUUGGAUGGGUUCUUGAAAUGUAUGCUUAUGCUGUCUCAUCUGCAUUGCAUGGUGUUAGCAAUAUUCUACACAAAGACUUCAUGAUUCAGCCACCAUGGGAUAUAGAGGUUGGUGACAAGUACAUCAUACACUACACUUAUGGAUGUGAUUAUGAUAUGAAGGGUAAAUUAACUUAUGGGAAAAUCGGGGAAUGGAGAUUUGACAAAAGAUCGUAUGAUAGCAAACCACCACCAAGGAACCUUACAAUGCCUCCACCUGGUGUUUCACAAAGUGUGGUAACACUAGUGAAGAUGAUAAAUGAAGCCACGGCCAACAUACCAAACUGGGGAUCAUAAAGAGACAGAGAGAGAGAAACCGUAAUCUAUAUGUACCUGUGAGUUGCUCCUUUCUUUUCAAAAUACCUUGUCCUGCUCUUUAGUUUCUCCUUUGGUUGUGGCUAGGUUUGUAACAUAUAUAGUGAUUCAAACAAAGCAUUUCUUUGGCAUUUUACUUCUCUAAUUCAGUCUGGUCUCCACUAGAUUUUGUUGUCCUCUAGCAUCUCAAAGGAUAAAUUACAAUAAGCCUAGACUUGAUACACACAUCAAACACCACUCAAUAUGUACAUACAUUACAUACUACAAAAUAACCUUAUGGUCUCUGCAAAUUCCUGAAAAUUUGUCUCUCAUUUUUAUUUCACAUUCAACAUAUAUACGAAUACAAUUAAAGUAAAAAAUACAACCUCAAACACUUACGAAUAAACCAAGUUUUCCAACGGGAUUAAAAUAAAAUAACACUUUACACUUUCAAUGAUUAUCAAUCACAAGUAACGACCAAACCAUGGCAUCAACCUCUUAGCUGUCGAGGCGGUCACUUGCUUAGAGUACCGAUCCAAGCCGGCGGCUGCAUCCCAGUCUGCUCGUAAACUGUAUCGAGAACCGGAGGCAGCAUCUUGUAAAGUCCAGCUAUAUC